CACACUGUCUCAAAUGGAAUGGUGAUAUUCCCACGCACCACUCAAACUCUGUCCUCUCAUGAAUCUCAAAACCCCAACUCCUUCUCUUCUCUUCUUCUCCUCCUUCCCUCGAUCUCGGACCACCUCACUACACUCUCCAAUGGCUUCCACACUCGCUCUACCUCUCUCCCACUCAUCGGAUCCGACUACUUCUUCUUCCGCCGACUUAGACGACCUUGUUUGCUGCGACGGACAGAAACGAGUUCAGCCACUGGAAACGCCGUCGUUUUGCUCUGAAUCUCCUUCCCGGAGUCUAAACGGAGGGGAAUCGCGAAUUGAGAGGGCUUGGGAUCACUGGAAGAGACUCGGUAGGCCUAAGCUGAUUGUUGCUCCAAUGGUGGAUAAUUCUGAACUUCCUUUUCGUUUGCUUUGUCGUAAGUACGGAGCUGAAGCUGCGUAUACUCCUAUGUUGCACUCUCGGAUAUUUACUGAGACUGAGAAAUAUCGAAAUUUGGAGUUUACUACUUGCAAGGAGGACAGGCCGCUAUUUGUUCAAUUUUGUGCUAAUGAUCCAGACAUUUUACUGGAAGCUGCAAAGAGAGUGGAGCCGUAUUGUGAUUAUGUCGAUAUUAAUUUGGGUUGUCCUCAACGCAUUGCUAAACGUGGGAACUAUGGGGCCUUUCUAAUGGAUAAUCUUCCUCUUGUGAAAUCUUUAGUAGAAAAGUUGGCUCUCAACCUUGAGGUUCCCGUGUCAUGCAAAAUCCGCCUCUUUCCAAAUUUACAGGAUACAAUUAACUAUGCUAGGAUGCUAGAGGAAGCUGGUUGCUCUCUUUUAGCCGUCCAUGGACGAACAAGAGAUGAAAAAGAUGGAAGGAAAAUUAGAGCUAACUGGAGUUCAAUCAAGGCUGUUAAAGAAUCGGUCAGGAUCCCCGUCCUUGCAAAUGGGAACAUAAGGCACAUGGAUGACGUUCAUAGGUGUUUGGCAGAGACAGGUGUUGAAGGGGUGCUUUCUGCUGAGACUCUUCUUGAAAAUCCAGCUGUUUUUGCUGGAUAUCGAACUGCAGAAUGGGUUGCAGGCAGUGAAGAAAGCUUCGUAGAUGGAAAAUUAGAUCAGGCAGAUCUAUUGGUGGAGUACUUGCAGCUAUGCGAACAGUAUCCUGUGCCAUGGCGAAUGAUUCGUGCCCAUGUGCACAAGAUGUUGGGAGAAUGGUUUAGGAUUCAACCACAAGUUAGAGAAGAUCUGAAUGCACAGUCUACGCUGACCUUUGAAUUUCUUUAUGGUUUGGUGGACCAGCUCAGAGAGCUAGGCGUAAGAAUUCCGCUCUAUUUGAAAGAUGAUGAUGUAGCAGAAGUCUCGACAGCAGAUAGUUUGGAUACUUCAACUUCGUGAUACAAUCUCAUCAAGUUGUUGGCACUUGAAAUCGGGUACAUUUUAUUCAAAAUUGAAUACCAGCAGAUUAUUUAUUAUAAAUUACAAUUUGAAUACCAAUUAUUUUUACAUUUACUAACAUAGCUUAGUCGCCAUUUCGGUGAAAGAGUCAGACUUUUCUUCAUGCUAGAGGCAUGACAGAAUCUAGGCCAGAAAUUAACAAAAGAAGAAAUGGCUGUACCAUUGUUUAAGUUAUUAAGUAUGAGUUUUGGAAUCUAUUGAUUGAAUUUAUAUUCUUUUUAGGGGUUGAUUGUAUCAAUUUUGGAUAAUUAUUGAAUAUUAUUCUCGAUUACUUGUUGUAAAAGAUCUUAUGUUAUUUCUACACAAUGUGAUAUGGGUAUUGUUGUUA